GCACCAGUACUUCUACGCUCGAUCGCCAUACGGCUAAAACGCUUCAUAAACUCAUACAGCGAUUCGUCCAAACCAAUCCAGACAAUGCUCAAGAUCAAAUACACUUUGACGUUGUCUAUGACAAGUGUGCGCGAUUGCUGACCAGCCUUCACCAUCAGUAGUAGAAGACGAAAACCAUGUUGCAAAUAUGAUUCGACGAAAACGUAUUUUUAAAAGCUUAUAUCGGCGUGGAGGUAUAUUUAAAAGACUUACAAUGUACGUUAUUCUCAUAGUAACACGAGAUCCCCAAGACAUGAACAAAGCGACGCGAUUCGGUCACUUGUAUAAUAAACUAGCUUCGCAGUCUGUUCUUCAAAACAAAUGGUCCAUUCUUUACCUAUUGUCCCUCGUUAGUGAAGUGGACGGUCCAGCCUCAGCUCCUUUAUCGCCUACGAGCUCUCCAUUGGGAUUGUCUAGUGUAUCGCCACAGCUACAGCCAUCAAGUUCACGACCUUAUGAUUUGCAACAUGACACAACAACAUCUUCACGGAACACACGACGACGAUUAGCGGAUGAUUACUCUGAAAGCGAUCGCAUGUUACCACCCGCGGUACAGCUUGAAAAGGCACGAGAAAUGUAUCAAAGCUCAUUAUCAAACAGUGAAUACGAACCAGUUGUGCCUGAAUCUGAGCUUUUACGUGAUCUCAUAUUCAUUUUCCAAGGCAUUGAUGGCCAAUAUAUCAAAUACGAUUCCAAUUCUGAUGUAUAUGCCAUGGAUAGUCAGAUAAACGUUCCAGAACCUACAAAAGAUCUGGUGUAUCGACUAACUGAAAUUGGAUGGUUAUAUCAACGGAUACAAGCAUUUAUUCGAACUCGAUGCAAUGAUCCGUCUGCCGGGCUUGUUGCUCAGGCUUUCUGCUUUGCUCUCCAACAUGAAUUGACGGAUUACUACAAACUGAUGGCAGUACUUGAGGCACAAAUCGAAAAGCAGACGUCCAAUUUACUCUCGGUUACAAGUGAACAUACACUGACACUUAGACGACUGAUUUUAUGGACUCGAGAAAGCUCUCAACGACUCCGUCUCAUGAGUGUUUUGGUUGAUGUUUGUAAAAAUCAAAAGGGCGGAGCUCUAGUAUCGACGAUGCAUAAUUAUACAAAACACGGCGACCCAUUCAUCCAAAACUAUAUAAGGGCUAUGUUGGAAGAGGUUUCCAAACCAUUUUAUGAAAUGCUUCAACGAUGGAUCUAUGAAGGCGAGUUGGAUGACCCUUACCAAGAAUUCUUUGUUGCUUGUGAUCCAAGCGUAUGCGAAGAAGAACUUUGGCGAAACAAGUAUACUAUUCGUGAAAACAUGAUUCCCAGUUUUAUUUCAGGCGAACUAGCACAAAAGAUUUUCUUGAUUGGAAAGUCGAUUAAUUUUAUUCGCUACAGUUGCCAAGAUGACGCUUUCGUUGUAACAAAUCAUAACGCAUCUGAACCAUCACCUGUACAGACAUUCAAGUAUGGAGACAUACUAGCAGUUGAACGGUCCAUUGAUGUGACAUAUCGAGAAACUAGCAAGCAAUUGAUCAACCUGCUCAAGCACAAGUAUAAGCUGAUGGAUCAUUUGCGAGCUCUGAAGCGAUAUUUACUAUUGGGCCAAGGCGACUUCAUCCAAUACCUGAUGGACACUUUAGGUCCUGGAUUGAACCGUCCUGCCAACACACUCUUCCGGCACAACUUGACUGGCGUACUAGAAACCGCAAUCCGUGCUUCAAAUGCACAAUAUGACGAUCCUGAAAUCCUCAAUCGGUUGGAUGUGCGGCUUUUGGAGGUUUCUGCCAAUGACUUGGGCUGGGACGUAUUCACGCUUGAUUAUCAUUUAGACUCGCCUAUUAAUACUGUGUUUAGCCCGCCAGCCAUGCACCAAUAUCUUCGCAUGUUCAACUUUUUAUGGCAAUUGAAACGUGUCGAGUAUACCCUUACAGCAUCCUGGCGACGGUGGAGCAUAGCAUCCCGGGACUUUGCCUCAAUUACAGAAAUGGCACAAGAUUUACAUCAAGCACAACUAUGUAUCAGUCGCAUGAUUCAUUUCAUUUAUCAAUUACAGCACUAUUAUCUUUUCGAGGUGCUGGAAUGCUCUUGGGAAAAGCUUGAUGACCAUAUCAACAACAAAUGUAUCGACUUGGACUCUAUCAUCGAAGCCCAUUCACAAUACCUGUCUGAAAUUACAGAGAAGGGAUUUUUAAAUGGGGCAAAGAAUCGAGCAUUGUCGAUGCGCCUUGGCUCGCUAUUUGAAACCAUCCUCGCUUAUAAAUCAAUCCUGGAUAAUCUGUACUUAUUCGGCUCAUCAUCUUUUCGGGACUCGGAAAAGUUACUGAGGAUACGCAACAAGCAUAAGGACAUGGAAAAGAAAUUUCAAACACAAGUACUGGAAUUUUUAGAUGUUUUAGCAUCAUACCAUGAUGAAGAUUUGCGAUCUUUGUUAACGAGACUUAAUUACAAUGGAUAUUACUCGUCAAAUUAAAAAAAACAAAUCAAAACAAAUGCUCUGUGCUUUUGAAAAUGAGGGAAAAAAAUGAUACGAGACACAUAUAUCUUUGCGAUGUGUGUGUAUGUGUGUGUGUGUAUGGAUGU